AUGGCCGUGCCAAGCUUGGAAGACUUGCUUGCCGAGCUGGACAGGCAAGAAGAGCUGGAGACCGAAUGCACGCAGCCUGAGACCACCGAGACUCGAACGAAGGUGCCUGCAGAGGAUGCUGUCGCACAAGGAUGUGUACAGGGUGGAAGCGUGCCUAGUGGGAAAAGAAGGGGCGGCCGCUUCUCGCAAUUCGCGGGCAGCACUUCUGAUGCAAAGCCCAGCAAGUUGGAUGCUACAGGAGACGGUGCUGGCACCGUCACUGCUAUCAGAUACGGGCCGAGCUGCGGCGACGAAUCCACUGACGACGACCGGAGUCCUCACACGAGCUUGACGGCGACCUCUGGUCAACAAGCGCAGGAGCCGGAAGCUUUGCCCCGCUUCUCUGAGCUGCUCUCGCAAUUGGAUGGGGACGUAAUGGACACAGAACGGCAGAGGGCGCAGGCAGAAGCGGCCGCUUUUGAGGAGAGACAAAGGCAAGCCAGGCAUGAAGCCGCUCAGAAAGCUGCGGAGGAUGAAGUUCGGCGCGUAGAAGCCGCCCGUGAAGCGUGGGAGCGGCAUCGUAUGGCGGCUGAAGAGUCUGAGGAGCGCCGUCAAAGGGCAAAUCGACAUGCCCUCGAGCUGGAGGAAAAAAUGCGACGAAUGGUCGGGAAGCAAUCGUCCAAGCGGAGGAUGCAAAAGGAGGAGGAGCAGAGAAAGCGCCGAGAGGAGAAGGAUCGACGGAAAGAGGAGAGGUUGCGCAUUGAAGCAGCAAAGAUGUCGGAAAAGAUUCGGCGAAUGGCAGAAAGUGGUUACGCUUUAGGCCCCAGUGGCUGGGUCAGACUGGAUUGGCUGCCAGCCGGUGGACAGGCAGAUGUGGGCGCGCCUAAUUUUGAGGUAGUGAAGGGACCAACGGAAGAAGAGGAGAGUGAUGCUGCCGAAGAUCACGCAGCCGACGACGCUCAUCAGGCAGACCCCUUCGAGGUCGUGGAUCAGAGGCCUGUGCCGGAGGAUGAACGGAAGCAGCCAGAGCCCGUCUCCAUCGAUGAUGUGCUCGCGGAUAUCGACAGACAGCAGCGGGAAGGCUGGGCAUCUGGAGCUGAGCCUGCGGACUUGGACACUGUGCUGGGUGUUCUUGCAGCCGAUGAAGAGCGAGAACUGGCUCAAACGGAUGCCGUCCAAGUGAGGCAGAACUAUGAAGAACUGGGCGAAGUCGAAAACAUGGAGGACGAGCUGCCCCCUGAUGCAACGCAAUCAGCUACCAAAGUCUUACGAGUGGCGAAGACCCGACGGCCCGACUGCAACUUCGGCAACACGAUCAAUUCUGAAAGUGCACUCAAGCCUUUCAAUGAUUUUGUGGAAGAGAAACAGGAGGGUGCGAACUCGUACGAGGAGCGGCAAGCCAGAUCUGCCGCCAUCCAAGCAAAGCUGCAGGCAGCUCGCAAUCGAUUGUCCCUUGUGCGCUACGAACGAAGUUCCACCGGCCCUGUCGUGCCCCCCGCCACGUCACAGACCGCACCAGCAGGUGCGGCAAGGAAGCCGCAAGAACAGCCGAAGCCAAAAGCGAAGCAGAAGCCGACUCAGCUCCCACAAAGUCGUUUUGUGCUGGCCUUAUCCUGCAGCUCUCAUUCAUACCCAACUCAAGUACGUCACGAACGUAGCAGUUCGAGCCUGCCGCAUUCGCAUCCUUUUCUGUGCUGGGGCCACAGCAUCGAUGGUGGCAUCGGCUCGAAGCAGCGAGACAUGCGCAAAGGUUGCGUUGUUGUUCAUGGUUGCUCCACUGUAAGAAGUUUAUCCGCCUGCGCUGAGUAA